CUUUUUCAUCUACUAUAUAUUCAGUGGUUGGGUUGGGGUUAGUAUCCACUGAAGUGUGAGAAUCAAGCAUGGAGCAUGAAUAUCCUCUCGUUCACAAUGGUCAAAAUCCAAUAUCAAGUUCUGAUACAGAUGCAAAAAUACCUACAACAAUGAAUCCCAUAAAGGAUGACAUUGUGCCACAAUUGACUAUGCAAGAGAAAAGUUCCUUGCCAUUAAAAAAUGUGGCAAAAAUCAUGAGAAAAGGUUUACCACCACACAUAAAAAUCUCUGAUGGAGCAAAAGAGAUGGCUGAACAAAGUGCCUCAAAGUUCAUUAGCAUGGUAACCAAAAAAGCCACUGAACGUUGCAUAAAGGAGUCAAGAAAAAUUUUAGGUGCUGAAGAUUUAUUAUGGGCCAUGAUGAGUUUAGGUUACCAUAACUAUUUUAAGGGUUUGAGCUUUUAUCUCCAACGCUAUCGUUAUAGUAAUGGAAUUAGGCCUAUGCAGGUGGUUUGUGAGAUUCCUAAGCACACCUUACCAUCACCACCUGUUGCUCUUGAGAUAGAUGAGGCAAUAAACAUUGAUGAGUUUUGGGAUGAACUGAGUGAUUUGGGUGAUGGUUCAGCAAACUCUGAUCCUUCUACUUUGUCCAAUAUUGGUGGCAUGUGUGAUGAAAGCAUUGAUAAAAUGAAGGACUAGGAUGUUGUUAAAAAUAGGGAUUUUAUCAUAAGAAAUAAUAUUAUGUUAUCAUGUUAGUGUUAAACUUUUUUAUUUGCUAUUGUAAUAUUGUAUUUUAAGGGUGGGGGGCAUAACUCCAAUAUUUUGUUUAUGCUUUAAAAUAUAUAAUUGUUAUAAUAAAAAUAAUAUUUAUAGGUUAAUAUA